AUGAUCGACUCGUCAGGACCAUUAGAUCCAAUUGAGUUCAAUGUAAGCCCAACGGGUAACAUCAGCCGAGUUAGGUCGUUGGGACAGCGAGUUGAACUGCCAGUGCCAGUGGAACCAGAACCGACAACGACGACGACAACAACUUCGACUACUGCUAGCCCCGGUGAAGUCGAACUAAACGCAAACACUGAUUUAACGCUUGUAGAAAGCUCUUCUCUCCUUUAUUCCAGUACUGAAAUGUCUGGAGUACCUGAGGUUGAAGGCUCUUUAGAUGGCACCUCAACCGAUUCAGUGCCCAGUGAAACGCCGCCAAUAACCGAUGUUGCCCCCUCAUCGAGCUCGGAAAGUCCGACUACCACUGCAUUGGCAAUGCCACCGGAGGGUGAAACGCCUUUAUCAACAACUUUAUUGCCACCUGUUGAUGCUUCUGAAAAUGUUCCCAGUAAUCGGCCUUCAAGUGAAGCCACAUUGACAUUUUCUGAGUCUAGUAACAUUAACCCUGCAAAUGACAACUCUGGGAAAGGUGCUUCGACUGUUCCAUCUUCAAAUGAACCUGUCACUGAGCCUUCUCCUAGUGACACCGCAGGCUCUACGACUGUUGAGCAGCCUUCUCCAACGGAUACAACUCCACUUACCACAACACAACAGGUAGAUGAGGCAAGUUUAUUCCCGCCGACUACGAUUCCACCAUCAACUGAUCAAACAAGUGUGCAAACUGUUGAAUCGAUCUCUGCAAGUGAAGUCACGUCAAUCAGGUCUUUGGAUACGACACUUGUUUCUAUUGAAUCAACUAGUCAACCGGAAUCGCCAACCACGCAAAUGUCGGGAUCUGAAUCUCCCAGUGUGACAGAGCCUACAAUAAAUGUGCCAACUGAAGCGACGCAACAGCCAACUGACACAAUUACUACUACUUCUUUCGAGUCAUUUUCGCCAACUCGAACUUCAGUUGAAACUACAACGGUAGAACCAGUAAAUAAUAAUGAUAUUCCUAACUUGACGACACCAUCUUCUUCAAUUGAUUCAAGUACUACAGUUUUACCGAGUUCAAGUACAGCACCUUCAGUUGAGGAACCAAUUUCUGAAGCGCCAGCCGAGACUACAUCAACAGUUGAUCCUUUCGAAGUGAGUACUCCUGAAAGCGAGUCAUUUGCUCCAACUUCUUCUGAGCAAGAAACAAGUAGUGUUUCUUUAGUUACUGAAAUUCCAGCUACAGAAAGCGGGACUUUAGUUUAUCAAACUUCAAGUUUUCAGCCAACUGAGUACUCGCAAAAUGGCCCUUCAGACAGCCCCACAGUGUCACCUGUAACAAUGCCAUCAACAUUUAGCAUUUCACCGGUAACUGAUAUGCCUAGCACUGAAGAGAUUGAAAUGAUGGUUGGGUCAUCAUCAUCAUCAACCACUGUGACUGACAUUGAUGAUGAGACGGAUGAAGGCAGCUCUCCGGAAGUGACACCUUCCCCGUCGACUUCAACAGAGACCACUGCGACUGAAGGUGCUGCUACGAUGAGCACGGCAAUCCCCGCUACUGCACAAUCUACCCAAUCCCCUUGGUCACAGGUAUCCACAAGCACUACUACUACGACCACCACUGAUGUUUCCACCAGGCCAACUAAUCGCACAGCCAGGCCAUUAUGGACUGUUCGAUACCCAACAGCAACAGUGCCACCACCAUCCUGGUCAUUUGGCGUCAAAAGUCCCAACAAUUGGGGUUAUCAGUUUGGAAGAAAGGGAGUUCCCGGUAGUGUGUACUAUCCAAAUCAGCAGCCAGACAACUACAACCCUCUAUUUCCCUCUGGCUAUGAACCUCAACAGAAGCAGCAACCAUGUCCACCCUUCACUGACGCCUCCUCACUGUCCACCGUUUCCAAUCCACAGUACUUUCACCUAGUUCAGCUGUGGAAUCAAAUAAGCAGGUUGCAGCGAGAGUUUGGACACCAUAAAUCGAAGCGCAAGUCACUGCAGCAAACUCUCAUUCGAACAUUGUAUCAUUUUAGCCACGCAACAGCUGACGAGAUUCUAACGCUCUCACGUUGGAUGGAUGCGGUGAAGCAGUACUCGGACUACACUGAAAUCGCCAGACUUAAUCAUAUGCUACAGCUAACAAAUGACUACCUACAAAAGCUUCUCCGCUACCAGGAGUAUGACUUGUUGAAAGCUUUAUGA